UUUGCGUUGCCUGAUCCUUCUGUAACAACUGAUUUUAUUUAUAUUCCUGGAUUACACUCGAACGCUAAAUCUGGGAAAUAUAACUCUUAGGGAACCAUUAUCUUUCUUCCACUAUAUUACUCUCGUUACCCUUCUUUUGAUCGCCUGUAUAUAAGAAUUCAUCUACCCUAUCUUAUUUUUCGACAGGAUCAUGACACAUUAAAAAACAGACGGUGAGGCUCACCUUGCCAAACCUCACAACAUUUCUUUUCUUUUUAUUUGUAUUUCUCUACAAUAUAGAAAGAACAAGAAAAACAACAAACACACAUGGCUUCCAUUGAAUGUGAGCCUCUCCAAAUUAAUCUAGAUCCAUACCAAAGUGUUCCUUUUGCGCUUGCAGACGGUUCACUGAUACUAGUCUAUUUUUAUCCGACAGACAAGAGAAGCAGAACCAUGAUGGACUUUUCACGUGCAAUCUUUGCGCUGUUGGUAUUAACGUGUACCGUGCAUGGAGGAGUGGUGACGCAGGUUCCUACAUCGCCCCCACCUUCACCAACCACCACAAUCCCCCCUCCAACCACCACAACCCCUCCAAGCACCACAACCCUGACAACCACCAUAAUCACGUGCCCUCCAGUUUACAUGCCGACCUGUGUCUAUGGUUCAAGCCAUGUACCUGUCUACGGUGAAGACGGUUGCAUGCAUUUUGAGUGUGGCCCCGGUACACCCCCUACCCCGACGACUCCAUACCCAUGCCCCAUGCCAGGUUGUCCACCUGGCUCAGACUUGAUUGUCAGCAACACUGAUGGCCCGUGUCCCGAGUACGAGUGUGUACCCAUGUGUCCUCCUGUAAUGAUGCCCAUGUGUGUACCGGGAUUUACUAUUCAAAGAGAGUAAGUGAAAUUCUUUCUCUGUUCCA